UCAUCUGGCUGCAAAACUGAACCAGGACCAAAAACAAUGAGCACUCAAUACAGCAUCCUCUUCAAGCAAGAACAUGCUCACGAUGAUGCGAUCUGGACAGCAGCGUGGGGUAAAAGUGAGGCGGACGGGACAGAAACUAUUGUCACUGGUUCCUUAGAUGAUAUGGUGAAAGUCUGGAAAUGGUCAGACGAGAAGCUGGAGCUGCAGUGGACUCUGGAGGGCCACCAGCUGGGCGUGGUGUCAGUGGACAUCAGUCACAACGGAGCCAUCGCCGCCUCCAGCUCCCUCGACGCUCACAUCCGCCUCUGGGACCUGGAGUCUGGAAAACAGAUCAAGUCCAUGGAUGCUGGACCAGUCGACGCUUGGUCGGUCGCCUUCUCCCCGGACUCCAAACACAUCGCCACAGGAAGCCAUCACGGCAAGGUCAACAUCUUUGGUGUGGAAAGUGGCAAGAAGGAAUAUUCCCUGGACACCCGAGGAAAAUUCAUCCUCAGUAUAGCUUACAGCCCUGACGGUAAAUAUUUGGCCAGUGGAGCUAUCGAUGGAAUCAUUAACAUCUUUGACAUCGCCACAGGGAAGCUGCUCCACACACUGGAAGGUCAUGCCAUGCCCAUCAGAUCUCUCACCUUCUCCCCCGACUCCCAGCUGCUUGUUACCGCCUCUGACGACGGUUACAUCAAAAUAUACGAUGUGCAACAUGCUAACCUGGCUGGCACCCUGAGUGGACAUGGAUCCUGGGUUCUUAACGUCUCCUUCUCCCCAGAUAACACCCACUUUGUCUCAAGCUCGUCGGACAAGAGUGUGAAGGUGUGGGACGCCAGCUCCAGAGCCUGCAUCAACACUUUCUUCGACCAUCAGGACCAGGUGUGGAGCGUGAAGUACAACAGCAACGGCUCAAAGAUCAUCUCGGCUGGAGACGACCGCGCCAUCCACAUCUACGACUGUCCCAUGUGAUGGAGCAGGCUACGAGAGGAUCCACGCUUUAGAGCUGCUCAGUCAGAUCGUCCAGUUGAAGUUAAUGAUCAGAGGGUGGGAGGGGUUAAAAAUGUAAAUGUGGUAGAUUUUUCGCACCUGGCCCAGAAAGGUCAAAUAAAGGGGUUGUUUUUUUUUUUUAACUUUUGUGUCAUCGUAUUUCUUCGUGGGACAGAUAUUCAUCACUUUAAUGUUGUCGAUCUGAUCUGUUACCAGGAUUGUGCUUAACAUAAUUAUAAUUAAGAUGACAUUUUUAAGUAUUUGGCUUUACAUUGAGUGAUAAAAGAUAAAUGAAUUAUUCACUUUUUAACAUAUUUUUUUAGUCACUUAAUUGCCAAAAAAACCUUUUUUCAUUAUUUUAGGUAUUUUUUUGCAUUUAUUGAAGGACAGCUGAAGAAAGACAGGAAAUGUGAGAAGAGAGGAAGUGAGGUAGACCUGCAGCACAGCUGGGAGUGGAACCUGCGACCGAUGCAUCAAAGGCUUCAGCCUCUGUGGGAUGCCUGCUCAGACUGAGCUAAAGAUUGGUUUGUUGUUUUUGUAAAUUAGUCAAAGUAGAACAAUGUGGGAGCUCCAAUAGAUAAGCAGUUAUGUUGUUUGCUCCAUGUGCGGAGGCUGUAGUCCUCCUCGCAGCAACUAUUGGUUCGAAUCCGAUCUCGGCCCCUUGCUCGCUCCUCCCAACAGUUCCUGUCUCCCUUCAACUGUCCUCUCCAACAAAGGCAAAAAUGGCCCUAAAAAUAACUUUAAAGAAAGUAGAACAAAGUAAUUGUUAUUCAGUUUAUGUCGUCUCUGUAUGUAUUAACAUGAGGGAUCAGACUGCAGGAGAGAAGUAUGAUCAGGUGCUCCCUCAAGAGGGCGAGCAGGUGUACUGCAGCCAAAGAAUACUGACGUUUCUUCAAUAACCGACCUCUGCAUUAAUUCAGAAUUCUUUAUUACGUGUCGAAGGUCCACAAGUUCAAAACACAUCAAACUGUACUCUCUUUUUUUAUACAAUCCUCUGAUAUAUAUCACACACAGCAGGUAGUCUGUAAAUAAGAUGUAGAAUCUCCUCCAUACAGGCAUAAGUCCAUGUUUUUCAGUACCUGGAGGAAAUGCUGAGUCCAAGGUUCUUCUUCAACAUUUGUGCUGUUUGCAAAAAACACAGAACAGUUUGAAAAAAGGAGAAACCUCACUGAGGUGGGUUUCCUAGCAGUACGGAUUUCUAAAUAUGGCUGACUGCUCCAGCUGUAUUCCAUGGCUAUAUCACAGUGGCCUGCACCUCUCACUCAUUCAGAGACAGAUGAAACCUGAAGGCCACUUUGGAGUUUUAUUAUUCCAGCUGGUGUGAAGCUGCUGCAUGAGUCUCCGUCUGUGUCUUCACUCUGAAACAAACGGCAGAAUGGCAGAUUUUCUUUUUUUACACCUCUCAACGGUUGAAGGAGACCCCCGAGGAAACAGAGGAUUUGCACCUGUCACAGGGUUUCAGGGCUGCACGUGUUCACCUCUUAUGCUACAACGCCUGUUAUCUUUAAAGAUCUAGGUUGUUGUUUUUUUUUUGCAAUCCCCCUCGACAAACAGAAAUUAAAACAAGCAGAAUCCUGAUUGAUAGGGGAUUAAGCCCGAUCAGUUUAUCUAUGUGCAGAAUUCAUCAUUACACCUCUAGCACUGACUUUACAGACUGCUGGAAAUAAAUCACGAACACGGCUACUUACAUUACAGAAAGGCUUUAGAGCCAUUUACACAAACUUGAACCUGGUUUCACAAACACCCCAUUGGCUAAAUGUUAUGUUUCUAGUCCUGUAAGUGAACAGAACAUCAAACGAAGUUUGAAAUACACCUCUUCUUGUAGUCUACCUUAAUUAUCACACAUUCAAGAUAUACUCAUUUUCUGUACAAUUUUCACUGCAUUGUUUUCAUUCAAUAACAAAUCUCGUUCUUUGUUGAUUUGAGUCUAAAGAGAGUUUUUUUCCCCCAUUGGAAUGCACAAAAAUUUCAUGAUUUUCCACUCUGGAUGUGCUCAAUAGGACAAAUAAGGUAUUUGUAUCUCCAGAUUAUGGCACAUUGAAAACUCACUCAAGGAUACACAAAUUUAGGCCACCAGGAUGCAGUUAAAGUAUGACUAUUCAAAA